CUCGAAGAUGUCAGAGUGGCAUCAAUACAUUUAAAUCGGCAUAAAAAGUCUCAACGAUAAUCGUGGGAGAAGUAAGUUAUCAGGAGAUGAAUGUGUUUGUGUUGUGGGGGGCGGCAGCAGUCCUAUCGGUAUCUUAUUGCCCUUUCACCGUCACUGUGCCUGGCUCCGUCUCCAGGAACACUCACUAGCCGGUAUACCAGUAAGUGUGACCAUAGAAUAACCUACGCCAUGGUAAGUCGCGCUUGCAUUCGAUCCCUGUCAAAGCUUGGCAGGACCCUGGCAGUGGGAAGCCAUAGCUUGACAGGGCUGAAUAAGACCAUGAUGGGGCCCUGUUACACGUUGACUCGAAACCUCACCACCGCCACCAAGGAAACCAAAGUCGGCGUCAUCGGAUGUGGACAAGUUGGCGAAGCUGUGACCAACAACCUGACACGGAAAGGAUACAGGGUGGUAGCAGCGUGUGACAGUGACCCCCGCCGUCUAGUAGAUCUGCCUUCGUCUGUAUCUCGAGUCUCCACGCCAAGGGAGGUGGUGCAGCUGUCCGAUGUUAUCCUAACCUGCCUGCCAAAACCGCCCAAUGUGAAGGCUGUAGCCGAGGGUAGUGACGGCGUGUUGACGUCACUAACCGCUGGCAAGAUAUGGAUCGACCACUCUACAACAGAAUUCGAGCAGACGCAAGUAUACAUGAAGGCAGUACAUGAAGUAGGGGCGCACAUGCUGGAGUCGCCCAUCACGGGUGGGUUGGACGCACUCAAGAAAGGACAGAUGAUCGCGUAUGUGGGUGGUGACAAGACCAUAGUUGACGCCGUCAUGCCUCUCCUAGACGCGUCGUAUAUCAAGGUGUUCUAUGUAGGAGACACUGUAGGAGCCGCAAUGGUCAUCAAGGUGGUGUCUAACAUGCUGUGUUGCGUUCACGUUAUCGCCAUGGGGGAGGCUCUUAUGUUAGGAAAGCGCGCAAACAUUGAUCUGAGGACCUUCUGGGAUGGAAUUCGUCUCAGUGUUGGCAAUAGCUUCGUGUGGGAGACAGCCGCGCCAGUGGUGUUCAACGGCGGCGAAUACGACCCUGGCUUCUCUCUCUCUCUUCAGAACAAGGAUCUUCAACUUGGUUAUGACAUGGCCAGGAAGUACAAGGUACCAAUGGACAUGCACCAGAUGGCUUUGAGUAUCUACAGAAAAGCUGAAUAUCAAUUCGGGGAGGAGGCCGGAUGCUACAUCGUCCCCAAAGCCAUCGAGUUAGCUCUUGGCGAGUCUCUACAGAGUCCAGGAUUCGACACAUGGGAGUACGACAAUGUGGUUGAGAAUGGCUCACUUAUUACCAAGCAUGUCGGUGUUGACGUUUGACGACAGGGCGUGCUAACUUACUUUCAACCUCGAGUGUGAGGAUUGUGAUGCGAGAACCAAUUUUGAUGUCAAGUAAGAGGAUAUGGACACAAGAAGAUCCUGAUCUGACGUGAAACACAAAGUUGUUUGGCAUCGAGUCAGGUGAUCUUCAAACACUCCAAGUUUAAUUGAUGUAAGUUGCCAUUUGUAUAUGAAAGCUAGCUGGUCUCUUUCAUGCGUCAGGUGUCCGUCUAUCCUUAUACUUUACAUCAUCAAACAUUGAUCGUCACUAUUGUUAUCCAAAAAAUGUAGACAAUUUUCGGUUUAUGGAAAUUGGAAAGUAUUACUAUAUUAUGUUUCUGUUUACUGCGGACUGGAAAGUGAAUAAAAAAUAGUAUGUGGA